CCUUUUCUUCCCCGUGAACCACCCUCCGGCGUUUUGCCCGGCUGCACGUCUCCAUCCUUGUUUCCGCCCCCACUCCGCUUCCUUCCAUUCUCCCUACUCUCUUCUCCUGCCUCCUCCGCCCAAUCUUCCUCCUCCCUUUCCCAUCCUGCCUCAAAGAUAGGUUCUUGACGGGGGAAGGAAAGCUGCUCGCCUCCGCUGCACAGCUCGUCUGCUCGCCUGGAAGCACGGAAAUUAUGUCUCAUUAAAGGGAAUCCAGGGUAUGGUGUUGAGCUGUCUGGGCUCCAUGUCUAAGUGGGAACCAGUCACAUUUGAGGAAUCUCUUUGCUUUGUCAAGAAAGUUAAGGCUCGUGAUUAUGUGUUGUACUUGUCGCUGCUUGAUGUGCUCAGUCGAAAUGAGCAGAUCCCUCUGGAAGCUUACAGCGAGCUUUCACUUCUUUUCCGGGAUCACGACGAUCUGCUGGAAGAGCUAGCGAAGUUCAGACCCCUUCCUACCCCAAGCACAGUUUAUAGCCACAGCUCAGUCUGGCUGCUCUUCUUCCUAAUGCCCCUCCUUGUCCUAAGCAUUCUCCUCAAGUGCUUCCUUCUUCAACAGCCAGUUGCAAGCUGAAAAAGAUCAAGCGUGCAAUGUCAUGUGAUAUCUCUGUUAAAAGCCAAAGCGUCUUUGUGGCGAUGUCUCGCUGUUUAUAUUGGAGAUAUCUCCGUGUACUGAUGCAAGGAAGUAGCCUCUUAGCUUGGAAGAGCGCCAAUACAUGGUAAAAACAGUAUUGUUUUGACUUGCUGAAAAAGAAAAAUCACUAUUCAGGAAAUGAGAUGAAUUGCCCAGCAAAUGAUGAAGUUGAGGGGGCAUGUAUAGCCUGAAUGAGAUAGGGCCCAAGAAGGAUGAACUUGAUCGGUAUGGUCUUACUAGUUCAUUCAAUUCCCUAGGAUACCCUUUAUCUAUACGAAGAAGCCAGGACGAAAGUGUAAGCAAGUUUAGUGUGACGUGCUUUAUCUAAAACAGGAUUAGGGAUCAUUUUGAUUUAGGACGAAAGUUUCUCAUAAAAAGUUUAGAUAUGACAAAAAAAGGCCUAAUUUUGAUUUGUAACAAUGGCAGGUAGAUGAAAAAUCUGGAAAGACCAUUAAUAAAUCGACGAGGCCAUCCUGCCUAUCCAGUUCA